AUGUUCCACCUACAAUACUUCAGCUCUGACGACUGGGGCCAAACGUCAAAGCAGGACUUCCAUUACAGAAGCCUUCUUGGUAACCGCAUUGAAUAUGCAGGCCAAGCGAGAGAUCAACGCCGGGGUAGAUCAAGGCUUCGCCAUUAUGGAUCUGAAUCCGAAGCACGCUGGAGGGAAAGGCGAGAGCAGGGAUUCCGAGUCAACCCGUACCAUGUUCCGAUCAAUGACGAGGCCCUGGGGGCAAUGGUGCAGGAUAUCGAGAAGUGGAUGCCCGAACAUUAG